CAAUAAAUCAGCAAGAAACAGAGAACACAUCGAUCACAUUUCAAAACAAACGCACAUCAUAAAUGAGUUCCAUUCACGUUUCUUUAAACACUUCAGUUCUUCAAACCAGUACCAAUCUCGACCGAUUGUUCAAGUUGGAGAGAGUAGGAUCAUCUUGGGUCCGAAUCCAUGGUCGGAGAGUUACCCCUGCGUGUCUUAGCGUCGACUUGCAGGCACCGGAUUCCGAGAAAUUAGGGUUCGGAGAGAGAAGCAGUAAGGAUGUUAUGAAGACGGAAGGUAGGGUUCUUGUUGGGACGUACGCGAGAGCGCCGGUUAUGCUGUCGAGUGGCAGUGGGUAUAAAUUGUACGAUGUUGAGGGGCGAGAGUAUCUGGACAUGAGCUCUGGGAUCGCUGUGAAUGCGUUGGGACAUGGUGAUCCUGACUGGUUGAAAGCUGUUGUUGAACAGGCCAACCUGCUCACACAUAUCAGCAACUUAUACUAUUCGAUCCCUCAGGUGGAACUUGCUAAACGUCUACUGGAUUGUUCUUUUGCUGAUCGAGUCUUUUUCUCAAACUCUGGAACCGAAGCAAAUGAAGCUGCUAUCAAAUUUGCAAGGAAGUUCCAAAGGUGCAUGCAUCCUGGGGCUAAAGAGCCCGCAACGGAGUUCAUUUCUUUUAGCAAUUGCUUCCAUGGGAGGACCAUGGGUGCUCUUGCUUUGACAAGCAAGGUGCAUUAUCGAUCACCUUUUGAACCUCUAAUGCCUGGAGUGUCUUUUGUAGAGUAUGGAAAUAUACAACAAUCGAAAGAACUAAUUCAGCGGGGCAAAACUGCAGCAGUUUUUGUGGAACCCAUCCAGGUUGAAGGGGAGAUAUACAGUGCAAGAAAGGAAUUCUUGCAAUUUUUGCGUAAUGCUUGGGAUGAUGUUGGAGCACUUCUGGUCUUUGAUGAGGUUCAGUGUGGUUUAGGUCGAUCUGGCUACCUCUGGGCUCAUGAAGCCUAUGAUGUAUAUCCAGACAUAAUGACACUAGCUAAGCCUCUUGCCGGAGGUCUGCCCAUUGGAGCUGUGCUGGUGACCAAAAGAGUUGCUGCUGCCAUAAAUUCAGGUGACCACGGGAGCACUUUUGCUGGCGGUCCCCUCAUUUGUAAUGCUGCCCUUGCUGUUUUAGAUAAAAUCUCGUAACCCAAUUUCUUGGCCAGUGUUUCUAAGAAAGGGGAGUACUUUAAAGAACUUCUAGUGCAGAAGUUGGGAGGAAAUUCACAUGUGAAAGAAGUGCGCGGACUUGGGCUUAUCAUAGGGAUUGAGUUGGAUGUGCCAGCCUCGCCACUUGUUGAUGCUUGUCGUAAUUCUGGCCUUCUAAUACUAACUGCCGGAAAAGGAAAUGUGAUAAGGCUUGUGCCUCCAUUGAUCGUUAGAGAGCAAGAAUUGGACUGUGCUGCUGAGAUUCUAUUUGAAUGUUUGCCAGUUCUUGAUGGAAAUAGUUCAACUUAAUAUAUUGUCAGCAAUUGUUUCUGACGGUAUAUCUAUAUAUUGAGAUUAAGAGAACAUAUUCCAAGCCUUGUAUCCAGAAGAAGUUAAGGCUUGUAGUUAUAUGAUUGAUAAUGAACUUAUUUAGUGGGGAAAAGAACUUCUAAAUGAGAUAAGUGCCAUUUUGCCA